AUGGAUAAAAAGAAUAAAGUGAAAUCUAUUGUGAAGUUCGAUGAUGAAAAGUAACCAGAACCUGUAAUCGAAGAAGUACAACAGAUAAAGAAGGAAAAGAAGAAGAAGAAGGAACAAUAAAAGAAGAAAUUAGCAGUUGAAUAAAGACAUGUCACUAUUGCCAUCCCAGAUUCAAUUAUCUCUAAUGCUUAAUCAUCUGAAUUGAGAAGUUAUUUUAUGUCUCAAUUAGCAAGGAUGUUUGCGAUCUUUUAAGUAGAUGAAGUCAUCAUCCUCAGAGAUUAUUCAUACAUACCAAAAAGCAAAUAAUUCGAUGUGGCAUCCUACGUUGUUAGAAACCUAUAAUAUUUGGAAACACCACAAUAUCUGAGAAAGUACUUGUUUCCAAUUCACUCCGAUUUAAAAAAUGUUGGUCUCAUGAAUCCAAUUGAAUCAAAACAUCAUUUACUUACAGAAUAGGUAUGUCCCUUCAGAGAAGGUGUCGUUGUUGAAAGACCUAGUAAAGGUGACACAUCUUGGGUGGAAAUUGGACUCAAAAGAUAAGUCUUAAUUAAUUAUCCAUUGCAACCAGGAACCAGAGUCACUUUGAAAUUGGAUGAUCCUAAUUCCACUCAUCUGACUGGUACUCCUGUCUCAAGUUAAGAUGCUAAAAAGGAGGGCUACUAUUGGGGUUACACAGUCACAAUAGAGUCCAAAUUUCAUAGGUUAUUAGAGAGAGAUGAUUUCGAUAUGAAGAUCUUGGUUGAAACAGAGAAAAGUGAUGAAGCUUAAUAGACAACUACUUUCAAUCCCAGUCAAUUAUCUUAACAACCAUUAAAAUUAUUGUUACUUUUCUCAGGUUUGUAAAAGAUUACUGAUUUUACAGAAAAUGAUGAAAAAUCGAAAUUAUCCAAAGAGGAUAUUUAUGGGAAAUUCGAUCAUGUUUAUAGAUAUGGAAAUAGCGAAUAUGGUGUCAAAUAACUUAGAUUAGAAGAAUAAAUGUUUAUGUUUUUACAAUCAAUAUAAUGA